GCAGAUCCUUGUGAUGAUCGCAACUUGACACUAACCCGAAUUAGGGACGUUGCCGACACCCUACGGCGCUCUCAACCGGAUUGACAUCUACGAAACACCGGAGCUCUCAUUCUUUUGGAGAUGUGAGCCCGAGGCAUGUACGGCCUUGAUUCCUUUCGUAGCUAGAACUGCGAUCGGUCACUACCGAGUUUGAAGCCUCCUUGAUGGUAACCCCCGGCCUUUUAGAGGCGGUGCCAAAAUGGGGAAUGAGUAAUGGAAUAUCAAACCCGCCCGAUCCCCGUUGUGCAAAAUUGCAAAGGUCAUGGUCCUAUCUAUCUAUUUUCUCUACCUGUUUAUAGCCCUAAUAAUAAUAGGAAAAGGGAGUCGCCACGUAUUCUAUUUUUCAAUUUCGAUGUUUUUAUUUCCUUCUUUCCUCUUUUUUUUUUUAAGUUUCUCCCGUUCUUAGUUCAAACUAUAAUAGAGAGAUCCUUAUUCUAUUCAGUUCAGCCCUGCGUUGCAUCCCUUGCUUAUCUACACCGAGUCAAGACUAUCUAAUCGGGGUUGUUCUUCGAAGUCGAGUACUGUGAGGCUAUAACUAAUUAAUAGAUAAUGUCUUUCAAGAAACAUCCUCGCCAAUAUGAUUUGGUAUUAUUCGGCGCAACUGGCUAUACUGGGCUAUAUGUUGCGGAAUAUAUCACAACUCAUUUCCCAACAGACCUAAAAUGGGCCAUAGCUGGCCGCUCUGAAGCAAAGCUACAAAAUGUUAUCAAAGAGUGCAAUGCUCUAAAUCCUGAUCGUCAACCUCCCGAGAUUGAAAUAUGUAACCUGAACGAUGCGGACCUUGCUACUUUGGCCAAGAAGACCUUUGCGCUCAUCACCACUGUCGGACCUUACUCGAGGUACGGAGAACACGCCUUUAAAGCGUGCGCGGAAUCUGGUACUCACUAUUUUGACUGUACUGGUGAGGCUGUUUGGCACAUGACCAUGAUCAAGAAAUAUGAAGCGACUGCCAAGGCCUCGGGGGCUUGUAUGUUCCCUCAAUCCGCCCUCGAAUCUGCGCCUUCGGAUCUAUUGGCUUAUUCGAUGGCCUCAACUGCCCGGUCCGAAUUAUCUGCUCCGGUCGCUGAUGUUGUAGUUGAAUUGCAUGAGAUACAUGGUACACCAUCUGGUGGCACUCUUUUUACCCUGCUCGGACUGUUCGACAUCUUCAGCUUCAAGGACGUGAAGAAAUCUCACAAGCCAUAUGCCCUAUCUCCCGUUGUCAAUUCGAAAUUAGCGCCGAAGCCGUCGCUUUUCUCAAAAUGGACAGGUUUACACACGAUACCCAAUCUUGGCCUCUUGUCGACAUCCGUUACCUCGGGAACGAACACGGCAGUUGUACAGCGCUCUUGGGGUCUGUCCCAGCAAGAACCUUCGUUGCAAAAGCAGUUUCACGGCCCGAAUUUCACAUACCGGGAAUUUACGCGAGCUAGAAACUAUGCAAGGGGCAUCGCGAUGCAUUAUAGCAUCGUUGUUGGUAGCCUCUUACUAAUGUUCUGCCCACCAUUCCGGAAAUUGAUUCGCAAGUAUGUUGCUCAGCCUGGUGAAGGAGCAAGCAAGGAAGAAAGUAAGAAAGAAUAUGUUAAGUUCCGUGGGGUAGCUACGCCGGACACCCAGCCACCUAGUGGCAAGCAGGUCUGGAGCAAGGCCGAGUUCAAAGGGCCCUUGUAUUCCAUGACCGCGGCAUUUCUGAGCGAAGGCGCUCGGACUUUAUUGCUGGGCGAAGUCAAGCUUAACGGAGGUGUAUAUACUCCCUCGUGCCUAGGCCAGGGGUUUGUUGAUCGUUUGGAUGAUGCAGGUUUCAAGAUUGAGACGAAGGUAAUCGAUGCAUGAAUGUUUCUUAUCUCGGCAUUUAUGAUACCCUGGGAUAGAAUGAGUCUUUAGCGGUUAUGUUCAUCGGGUAUUAUCCCGGACUAUUGUUUAGGUUGAUCCUAGACUGGUCAGUAGCAUCUAGAAGGAGUCUUUAUUAACGAAUUAUGGGGGUUAGGAUAUGGAGAAUAAUGAUGUUCGGGGCAGUUUUUCUCAGGUCUCCUUUUGGAGCUAUAGCAUAGGAAAUGAGGGUAUGUGUUUUUGUUUGAAGGAAGGCGGAAGACGGAUUGGGGCAACUCACUUUUAGGUUCAAUGUUGGAGAUGGUAGUACUCAUGCAAGUAUUGAAUAGUACUUACGUACUAUAAUAAUACUUGGAUAUACAUGCAAGUAACUUUUAAUAGUUUCCCCGCAAUAAUACAGGGAUCUGACGUCGACAAGCAGGAGCUAACCUCUUUUUUAUUUGA